CUCCUGUCCAUCAUGGUGGAUCUUUGAUUGGGUGGAGAACUCCUGUCCAUCAUGGUGGACAACGGGUGUCCAUCACGGCGUCUCUUUGUCCAGCCGUCCAGCCCGUGUCCCCCACGCCGCCGUGUCCCCCCCAGCACCGCCAGCACCGCGCGGUUCCCGUGCCUAACCCUGGCUGUCCUCUCCUCUCCCCGCAGGGCGCCUCGCCGGCCACCCGACGCCGGCGCCCACCGCGGCCUGAAGCGACGCCGGCACGCGCGGCAUGGCGACGCCGAGCGGCCCCGCCCCGGCGCCGCGCCUGCCCUGAGCCCCCCCAUGCGCCGGCGAUGAUGAUGGCGCGCAAACAAGAUGGCCGCACGCCCACCUACAACGUCAGCGUGGUGGGGCUGUCCGGCACCGAGAAGGAGAAGGGCCAGUGCGGCGUCGGCAAAUCCUGCCUGUGCAACCGCUUCGUGCGGCCCGGCGCCGACGACUUCCACUUGGAGCACACGUCCGUCCUCAGCACCAGUGACUUUGGGGGCAGGGUGGUCAACAAUGACCACUUCCUCUACUGGGGCGAGGUGGCGCGGCCGCUGGAGGAGUGCGUGGAGUGCCGGAUCCACGUGGUGGAGCAGACGGAGUUCAUCGACGACCAGACCUUCCAGCCCCACCGCAGCACGGCGCUGCAGCCCUACAUCAAGAGGGCGGCGGCCACCAAGCUGGCGUCGGCCGAGAAGCUCAUGUACUUCUGCACCGACCAGCUGGGCUUGGAGCAGGACUUCGAGCAGAAGCAGAUGCCCGACGGCAAGCUGCCGGUGGACGGCUUCCUGCUGUGCGUGGACGUCAGCCGCGGCAUGAACCGCAACUUCGACGAGCAGCUCAAGUUCGUGUCCAACCUCUACAACCAGCUGGCCAAGACCAAGAAGCCGGUGGUGGUGGUGCUGACCAAGUGCGACGAGGGCGUGGAGCGCUACAUCCGCGACGCCCACGCCUUCGCGCUGGGCAAGAAGAACCUGCAGGUGGUGGAGACCUCGGCGCGCUCCAACGUCAACGUGGAGCUGGCGUUCGGCACGCUGGUGCAGCUGGUGGACCGCAGCCGCGGCAAGGCCAAGAUCAUCCCCUACUUCGAGGCGCUGAAGCAGCAGAGCCAGCAGAUCGCCGCCGCCAAGGACAAGUACGAGUGGCUGGUGAGCCGCGUGGUGAAGAGCCACCACGAGGCCUGGCCCGGCGCCAGCCGCAAGAUGCAGCCGGCGCCCGAGUUCCAGGACUACGUCUACCUGGAGGGCACCCACAAGGCCAAGAAGCUCUUCCUGCAGCACGUGCAGCGCCUCAAGCAGGAGCACAUCGAGCGGCGCCGCAGGGUCUACCUGGCGCUGCUGCCGCAGGCGCUGGACGCCCUGGUGCCGGACCUGGACGAGAUCGACCGCCUGAGCCGCGCCAAGGCUGAGAAGCUGCUGGAGGCCAAGCCCGACUUCCUCAAGUGGUUCGUGGUGCUGGAGGAGACGCCGUGGGACGCCACGAGCCACGUGGACGAGGUGGACAACGAGCGCAUCCCCUUCGACCUGCUGGAGACGCCGGCGGGCGAGCAGCUCUACGAGGCCCACCUGGAGAAGCUGCGCGACGAGCGCAAGCGCGCCGAGAUGAGGAGGGCGUUCCGCGAGAACCUGGAGAGCUCGCCCUUCGUCACGCCCGGGAAGCCCUGGGAGGAGGCCAGGAGCUUCAUCAUGAACGAGGACUUCUACCUGUGGCUGGAGGAGCCCGUCUACAUGGAGAUCUACGGCAAGCACCAGAAGCAGCUGAUCGACAGGGCCAAGGAGGACUUCCAGGAGCUGCUGCUGGAGUACUCGGAGCUCUUCUACGAGCUGGAGCUGGACGCCAAGCCCAGCAAGGAGAAGAUGGGCGUCAUCCAGGAGGUUCUGGGCGAGGAGCAGCGCUUCAAGGCCCUGCAGAAGCUGCAGGCCGAGCGCGACGCCCUCAUCCUCAAGCACAUCCACUUCGUCUACCACCCCACCAAGGAGACGUGUCCCAGCUGCUCCUCCUGCGUGGACGCCCGCGUGGACGGCGCCGCGGUGCUGCUGGAGCUGGCGGUGGGCUCGCAGCGGCGCCGCGUGGAGCUGUCGCUGCUCUCCUACCACGCGUCCUUCGGGCUGCGCAAGAACCGCCUGGUGCACGGCUACAUCGUCUGCUACGCCGCCGGCCGCCGCGCCUCGCUGGCCACGCUGCGCGCCUUCCUGGCCGACGUGCAGGACAUCGUGCCCGUGCAGCUGGUGGCGCUGAGCCACGGCCCGGCCGAGGCGGCCGACGCCGAGCUGAGCCGCGAGCAGCUGGCCGAGGGCGAGGAGAUCGCGCAGGACAUCGAGGCGCGCUUCGCGGCGCCGGCCUGCGGGCAGCAGCGCCUGGACGCCUUCCAGCCCUUCUUCAAGGACGCGCUGGACAAGAAGAACAUGGUGGAGGCCGCCCACAUGUACGACAACGCCGCCGAGGCCUGCGGCGCCGGCGAGGACGUCUUCAACUCGCCGCGCGCCGGCUCGCCGCUCUGCAACUCCAACCCGCCCGACUCCGAGGAGGACGCCGAGGCGCCGCCGGGGUACAGCCCCUUCCGCGAGGAGCCGGCGCCGCCCCGCGAGCUCUCCAAGCUGUCGGCGGAGCUGGAGGGCAACGACGCGCUGGCCUUCGUCUCGGUGCUGGGCGGCUUGGAGAGCAAGCUCAACAAUAAAAUCCCGGCGGUGGCGGCGCCGAAAGGCAAAGCCGAGCUGGCGUUCCUGGAGCAGGGCCGGCGGCGCUCGGUGUCGGCGUGGCCGGCCGGCGACUGCUUCGACCCGUCCGACUACGCCGAGCCCAUGGACGCGGUGGUGAAGCCGCGCAGCGAGGAGGAGAACAUCUACUCGGUGCCGCACGACAGCACCCAGGGCAAGAUCAUCACCGUGCGCAACAUCAACAAGGCGGCCUCCAACGGCAGCGGCAACGGCUCCGACAGCGAGAUGGACAGCGGCUCCCUGGAGCGCGGCCGCAGGGCUCCGGCCGCCGCCAAGCCGCUGCUGUACCGCGCCCGCUGCGCGCGGCUCGGCCGCUUCGCCGGCUACCGGCCCGGGCUGGGCGUGGGCAGCGACGACGAGCUGGGCCCGGGGAGGAAGAAGGACGAGGAGGUCGGAGGCCACGGGGGCUACAAGGGAGGGGACAACGCGGGGAUGGCCUUCGAGGCGGCCGACGGGGAGGAUCCGCGCAGGAGGAACAUCCUGAGGAGCCUCAGGAGACCCACCAAGCCCAAUCCCCGGAAUUCCCGGGUUUUUCCCGCAGACCACGGGCUGGACCUGGCCGAGAAGGAUUUCACCGUCAACGCCGUGGCCGGAGCCAUGAAAAGUUUCUUCUCGGAGCUGCCGGAGCCGCUGGUGCCGUACUCGAUGCAGCUGGAGCUGGUGGAGGCCCACA